UCAUCAAAUUAUAAGGUUGAAGUUCAAACAUAAAACGCUGAUUAAUUAUUUUACAUGGAUAAAAAUUAGCUCUGCUGAAAAUUACUUCUAAUUUUCAAAAAACAAUUUUGUCCGUGCCAUAAACUGCUGGUUUGAAAAAUGUUUUCUUUUUAUUGAAAAACAGAAAAACUGGAUUUGAACUCAAAUGGGCAAAUUUUUCCUGAGCUGAACAAAAUAUUUUUAAUAUAUACCACUCCAACUGAUGGGAUUACAAAUUGGGACAUUCGUACAAUUGAAGAUGACUCGAAAUAAGCUGCAAAGAGCCUUCAGUUUCACAAUGUUUCUUUUUCUACUUGAAAACUGCAGUUCUAAUACACAGAGUGAAAGUGACGCAAUUAGUCACUUGACCAGAGGAGCUCUCACUUUCGUCCUGCCUGACCCCUCAGACCUAUUGGGUCGCAAAUGCUCCCAUUUCAGUCGACAUUUCUGCUUCCUCGGGUAUGUGACAAAUGAAGCCGACUUCACUCGAGAGAAGAAACCCGAGGACGCAGCUAACUUUUUCAAAUCAGUGCAGAAUAUUUACCAACAAAUUAACUGGUUUGAUCUCCUUACUUCGCCAAGUAACGAUGGGUGCUGCAAUUUCCAAGUGGGGACUUAUCUACUGUAUGGACAAGCGUUUGGCAUCUCGCCCCUGCAAUACAUUCGUUUAGUUCUCAAUUUGGGCUCCAACAACAGACAACUCACAUACAUCAAAGCCCACUACAACACACGUGUGUGUCUCAACAUCGUCUCUCAAGUGGGCUUCGGACCAGUAGGGAGUCCCUUUGUGACAAAAGGAAUGCACCACAAGUAUGCACACUAUAUGCUACCUCCAGUGAACGGAGUGGUACAUUUAUUCAAAAGAGCUUCAGUCAGACAGACUUUGAAUAUUGGGUGGUUCAAAGCCAAUGUACUUUGUGAAGCUCAGUCUUGGAUAUGCAAUACUAUCAAUAAUUAA